UCUUCGCAUUAAUUUCCACUGGUGUAUGGACUUCAAAACUUACUUAUAUCCAAUACCAGUCACAAAUUUAAUCUGAACCAGAUAUACAUACAUGGCAUUCAACAUAACAUCCAUUAAAACAUCCUCCAAUGGAGCUUGGCAAGGUGACAAUCCCUUGGACUUUGCCUUCCCUUUAUUGAUUGUCCAAACCACUUUGAUCCUCGUCGUCAGCCGCUUCCUCGCCUUGCUCCUCAAACCCCUCCGCCAGCCCAAAGUCAUUGCAGAGAUUGUGGGUGGGAUUAUUUUAGGACCAUCCGCUUUUGGAAGGAACAAGGAGUACAUGCACAGGAUAUUCCCUUCAUGGAGUACUCCGAUUCUUGAAUCAGUAGCAAGCAUCGGUCUUCUCUUCUUUUUGUUUCUUGUAGGACUUGAACUUGACUUGAACUCAAUCCGCCGCAGCGGGAGGAGAGCCUUCGGCAUAGCACUCGCUGGAAUCUCUCUCCCUUUCGUUUGCGGCAUCGGUGUCGCUUACGUCCUCCGUCAAACAGUGGACGGUGCGGAUAAAGUCGGGUACGGUCAAUUCCUUGUGUUCAUGGGUGUGGCUCUCUCCAUCACGGCUUUCCCUGUGCUCGCCCGCAUUCUAGCUGAGCUCAAAUUGUUGACAACACAAAUUGGGGAGACCGCGAUGGCCGCUGCGGCAUUCAACGAUGUCGCAGCGUGGAUUCUUCUGGCAUUAGCUGUGGCUUUGGCGGGAGAUGGAGAUGGUGGAGGCCACAAGAGUCCUUUGAUUUCGAUUUGGGUGCUUCUGUCGGGUGUUGGUUUUGUUAUAUUUAUGAUGGUAGUUAUCCGACCCGCUAUGAAAUGGGUAGCCCGACGGUGUUCCCCAGAGCAUGACGUGGUGGACGAGGCUUACAUAUGUUUGACUUUAGCUGGAGUAAUGGUUUCGGGUUUCAUGACGGAUCUUAUAGGGAUCCAUUCGAUAUUCGGAGCAUUUGUGUUUGGUUUAACGAUCCCGAAGGGAGGGCAGUUUGCGGAGAGAUUGAUGGAGAGGAUUGAGGACUUCGUGUCGGGUUUGCUUCUCCCGCUUUAUUUCGCUUCGAGUGGGUUGAAGACUGACGUAGCAAAAAUAAAGGGAGGUAAGGCGUGGGGGCUGUUGGCGCUUGUGAUAUCUACGGCUUGUGCAGGGAAGAUUGUGGGGACGUUUGUGGUGGCGAUGAUGUUCAUGAUUCCGGCGAGGGAGUCGUUGACUCUUGGGGUUUUGAUGAACACCAAAGGACUUGUAGAGCUCAUUGUCCUCAACAUUGGCAAGGAAAAAAAGGUACUCAAUGAUGAAAUGUUUGCUAUUCUAGUAUUAAUGGCACUAUUCACCACCUUUAUUACAACCCCGACAGUCAUGGCCAUUUACAAGCCCGCACGUGGGGUCUCCUCACACACUCGGCGAAAGUUACGCGACAUGUCCAGCCCACAGUCCUCCAAAGACGAGCUGCGUAUUCUUGCGUGUCUUCAUGGGCCAGGAAAUGUGCCUUCUCUCAUCAGUCUCAUCGAGGCCACUAGGAGUACCAAAAAAGCCCAGCUCAAACUCUUCAUACUGCACCUUGUGGAGCUCACUGAACGCUCAUCUUCCAUCAUCAUGGUCCAACGUGUCCGAAAGAAUGGUCUUCCUUUCUUCAACCGCCGCCGCACUGAAUGUCACGAUAAUAUUACUGGGGCCUUCCAAGCCUAUAGUCAAUUGGGCCGAGUUCAAGUCCGACCCACAACAGCAAUCUCGACUUUGUCCACCAUGCACGAGGAUGUUUGCCACGUGGCCGAGAAUAAGAAGGUGACAAUGAUCAUCUUACCCUUCCAUAAGCAGUGGAGAGGCGACGACGGUGAUGAGUCCAUAGAAAACAUGGGCCAUGGAUGGAGAGGUGUUAAUCAAAGGGUCCUCAAGAACGCACCAUGUUCUGUUGCAGUGCUCGUUGACCGUGGAUUUGGUACUAAGCCGAAUGACAACUUGGCCCAGCAGGUUUGCAUUAUAUUCAUUGGUGGGCCUGAUGAUCGUGAGGCCCUUGAGUUAGGUGGACGGAUGGCGGAGCACCCUGCCGUUAAAGUCACAGUAAUACGAUUUGUGGAGAAAGAGGGAUUGGAGAGUAACGGCGUUAUGUUGCAGCCAUCACCAUACAAGUCUCCUGAAAAUAACUACAGCUUCUCCACUGCUACAAUGAAAAUGAACAGAGAGAGUGAAAAGGAACUGGAUGAGGCAGCAAUGGCAGAGUUUCGAAGCAGGUGGGAAGGAGUGGUGUACACAGAGAGAGCGGCAAGUAACAUUGUGGAGGCAGUUCUGGUGAUAGGGCGGAGCAGGGAUUAUGAUCUCAUAGUGGUGGGCAAGGGACGGUUUCCGUCGACCACAGUGGCGGAACUGGCAGAUCGCCAAGCAGAGCACGCAGAGUUGGGGCCAAUUGGAGACAUAUUGGCCUCAUCAGGACAUGGCGUUGUGUCUUCAGUGCUUGUCGUCCAACAACAUGAUUUGGAACAUGUAGAUGAGGUCACAGUAUCAAAGGUUUUGCAGAUUAAUGACAAUGAGAACUUUCAGGCUGAUAGGUCCUCAGUUCCUGGAGAGAUAUCAGAGGACAUUGUAUAGUAUUUCAGUUUCAUUAAUUAGAUGGGGAUUUUUAUGCAAUUUGCAGCACCAGUGUGCGGUCCUCUUGUUAAAACAAUAAAACGAAGGUCUUUUAGGCGGGAUUCUUGGAGCGUUUUUUCUUUACAGUACACACAUUGUAUAUAUUUUAUUGAUUAUUCUUUGGAGUAUUAGGUUGUAAGUUGGUUUUCUUUGUCUUCUUAACAAAGAAAAGUGCAGUUCUCCUUCUCCUGCGU